AUGAAGAACCAAACAACUAUCAGUGAGUUCAUUCUUCUGGGAUUUUCUUAUGGGCUGCAGGUCCAGACCCUACUUUUCCUGGUCUUUCUGAUCACCUACAUGGUGACAAUCAUUGAAAAUGCAAUCAUCAUCUUUGUGGUGAAUAGGAACCAUCACUUACAUAAGCCCAUGUAUUAUUUCCUGGGGAACUUGUCCUUCUUGGAGAUUUGGUACAUCUCAGUAACACUGCCCAGGCUUUUGUUUGGGUUCUGGUCACAGAGCAAGAGCAUCUCCUUCUCCAGCUGCAUGACUCAGCUAUACUUCUUCAUCUCCCUCAUGUGCACUGAAUGUGUCCUCUUGGCUGUGAUGGCCUAUGACCGCUAUUUGGCUGUCUGUCAUCCUCUGCGCUACGCAGCCAUCAUGACCCACAAGCUGUGUUUUCAGCUAUCAGUUCUCUCAUGGGCAGGAGGCUUCUCCAUCUCCUUGGUCAAGGUGUCCUUUAUUUCACGCCUCACAUUCUGUGGUCCACAAGUCAUAAACCACUUCUUUUGUGACAUUUCUCCAGUCCUGAACCUCUCCUGCACUGACAUGUCCCUUGCAGAAACAGUAGACUUUGCAUUGGCCCUUCUAAUCCUGCUGGUACCUUUGCUGAUCAUUGUUUUCUCCUACUGCUGCAUUGUGUCAACAGUCUUGUGCAUGCCUUCAGCCCAAGGAAGGAGAAAAGCCUUCUCCACUUGUACCUCACAUUUCACUGUGGUCAUCGUCUUUUUCUCAGCCACUCUCUUCAUGUAUGCCAGGCCCAGGAGGAUCCAUCCUUUCAACCUCAACAAAAUAGUGUCCAUCUUUUAUGCUGUAUUUACUCCAGCACUGAACCCUUUGAUUUAUUGUCUGAGGAACAAAGAGGUGAAAAAGGUUCUGAGAAAGAUCAUUAGCACAAACUGCUCUGCACAUCAGAUAAGUGCCUCGCCAAAGGAUAGAGCAGUGGAAGGACAGUAG